AUGCGGACACAAUUGGCGGAGGAGAUUGCACCGAGCGUGGCAUCAAUGAUUCUAUCUCAGAUUCGAGAAGCUAAUCCAGAAUUAAAUAUCGUCAUUCCGAAUUUUCAGAUCACGCCAGCACCAAGGGAUGAAUCUAGUGCUCCAAAUAAUACCAAUGAACCAAAUGGCCAAUCAUCUACUGGGACACACUCUUUACAUCAGGUUGUGGUUGUGAAUAAUAUGAAGCUACUAUAUGCAUUCUUGUCUACUGUUUUGCAUAAGUUAAGCUUAAUUCAUAUAUUAUAUAUGCUUUCCUUUUCAGCUGAGAGUGCUCUAGUACUUAGUUCUUUCAAUACCACUACAUGGGUUACACCUAGAGCACACCCUUUUGUUACCCCAGGAGGAACAAGGGAGUGGAUGCCUUUGUGCUCUAAUGAAUUAACACCUGUGUUGGGGAUGAAGUUUGAUACUUUGGAAGAAGGUAUUAAAUUCUAUGAUGCUUAUGCUUUACAUUGUGGCUUCAACACUCGAAAGUCAACGACUAACAAGAACAAGAGUGGUGUUGUUGCAAUAAAAUAUUGCCUAUGCAAUAAGGCGGGUUUUAAAGAGAAGCGUAAGGCGAAGAAUGAGGAUAAACCCAAACAACAACAGGAGGGUGGAAAAUUUGCUACUAGAAAAAGGUUGGUGACAAGAGUGGGGUGUAAAGCUCAGUUAGUUCUUAAGAUUCGGGAAGAAGGUGGAUAUUUUGUGAAAAACUUCUAUGAAGGACACACCCACCCUCUUUACACACCGAGUUGUAGGAAAUUCCAAAAACAAGGUAGAAAAAUGAUAAUUUUGCACAAGAAGUUCGUAGUUGACAAUUCAAAGUUGAAUAUUGGGCCAACAAAAAGUUUUAGAAUCUUAAAAGAGAAUGUUGGUGGAUAUGACAAUAUCGGAGCUUCAAAGCAAGAUUUCAAGAAUUUCUCAAGAGAUCUAAAAGCAUAUAUUGAUGGCUCUGAUGUUCAAAUGUUUGUGGACAACUUUAAAAUGAAAAAAUUGCUUUGGGGUGCCUUCUUUUAUGACUUUGAGGUAGAUGAUGAGCAAUGUCUUACUAAGGCUUUUUGGGCGGAUCCCAUUUGUAGGAAAAAUUAUGCUUUGUUUGGGGAUAUGGUCUCCGUUGAUACCACUUAUGAGACUAACCGGUACAAUAUGGUCUUUGGGCCUUUUACCGGUGUCGAUCACCGUAGAAGAUGUAUCACAUUUGGUGUCGGUUUCACUGCCAAGGAAGACAUAAGCUCCUUUGAGUGGUUGUUUACCACUUUCUUGAAGGCAAUGGGAAAUAAUGAACCCACUUGUUUGAUAACGGACCAAGAUCCGGCGAUGAAAGUUGCAGUGAGGAAAGUGUUUAAAAAAACAGAGCAUCGGUUUUGCAUGUGGCAUAUAAUGGAGAAGGUGUCGCUCAAAAUGGACCGAGAUCUUCUUAAAGAAACUGACUUUCAUGAAAAGUUACGUUUAUGUGUGUGGGACCUAGGAUUGGAGCCUUUAGAAUUUGAAGAAAAAUGGAAUAAACUGAUUGGUGAGUUUAAGUUGGAAACACAUGAGUGGCUAAUUGAGUUGUAUAAGAUAAGAAAGCUAUGGAUCCCUGCUUAUUUUAGAGAUUUAUUCUUGGGUGGGAUCAUGAAGACAACUUCAAGGUCGGAAAGUGAAAAUCAUUUCUUUACCUCCUUCACUAAUCCCCAUGUUACUCUUGUAGAGUUCUACAUGCGCUUCGAAACUGCAAUGGAUUCACAAAGACACUCACGAGCUGAAUUUGACAAUGACUCCAAGAAUAAAUUUCCAGAAUGCAAGACACCCUUACUCAUUGAGAAGCAUGCUUCAGAGGUGUUUACUUGCUCUAUAUUUUAUCAGGUUCAAGAGGAGGUGUAUAAUGCUUGUUUUUCUUGUGGGAUUGAAGAGUUCAGAAGAGAAAAUGACUUGGAAAUUGCCAAGAUUAAUGAGAGACAUGGCUUACCUUGUAGGCAUAUGGUUUGGGUAUGGAAGGCAAAGAACAUAACCAUGAUUCCCGAUAAAUAUGUUCUUAACAGAUGGACUACAAUGUUAACAAAAAAGCCAAUCUUUGACUUGGAAGGAAAUAUUUUAGACCAAUGCACUAGAUUGGUGGACAAGAAGAAAACUUUGAAUGAGUUAUGGUCUGAGAUCUAUAGUUGUGUAAGUGUGGCUGAGCAAAAUGAAGAAGAUCUCGCUCAACUUGUUAAAAACCUUCGGGACUUGAGAUUGGACAUGGAGGCCAAAAAGAGUGCAAACAACACUCAUAGCAAAACACAAGACAUAGAGCUCCUAAUUGGAUCAGUGGCGCCUAGUGAAAUAACCAUCAAACCCCCAAAGAUAUCAAGUAACAUGGGUAGUGGCACUAGAAGUGGAAAAAGGAUAAAGGGAGAGAGAGAGAAAGCCAUUGAGCAACAUCAAAAGAAAAAGAGGCUAUGUAGUGCUUGUGGAGAGCUUGGAUACCAUGACCUUCGAAAUUGCCCGUCAAAGAUAUCUUCAUGA